GUGAGGAGGUGGAGUUCAUUCCAACAUUAACAACAUCAGAAGCAGGAAGUGUAAGACACGAGUCAGACCUGGUAUCAUCAGCAUAAAAGAUAUUUGAUAAAACACUGUGCGGGCAAUGAGCAGCUAUCACAGUUUCUCGCCACUGUAUUUUAUCUCUUGACCCUUUUUUAUAAUCAAAUGGAAGAUCUAACUGAGUCAAAACCAAAUGCAGACUUGGGCUCUUCAGUUGUGCAAGAAGAUGAAGAGGCAUCGGGAAGUUCUGCCCAUAUGGAGGUGUCUUGUAAAAGGAAGUCUCGCUCUAAAGAACCAGAGAAGACUGUAAGGGUAAAAGGAAAAUCGAAACAAUCCCUGCCAAAAAAGGCAAAAAAGAAGCCACUGCGCAAAAGACCCAGAGUGAUCACACCCAGUUACACCAUUCAGGAAACUGACAGUGAUAUGUUGUUGAUUAUCUCCAACCUGGGAGAUCACGAGGAUCGAAGGAAGACGUGGGAGAAAAAGAAAAAAUCCACUAAGAGAGGUGCCAAGCAGUUACCUCCUAAUAAAAGACGUUCUAAAUUAAAGUGCAAGGAAGAAAAAAAUCCAGCAGGAAAGACAAAAUCUGGACAAAACGAAAAUGAUGCUCAUGAUAUUUUCAAUUCUACAGCAGUGGCAGUAGACACAGGAGAAAGCAAUUGGGGACUGCAUCUUCCAGUUGAGAUUUUAGUACAAAUUUUUCAAGAUGUGGUCAAUCAGGAUGGUGCAGUACCCUUUUUAUGUAGAGUCUCACGAGUCUGCCGUCUAUGGUGUUGCGCAGCUUCUAGUCCAGUUCUCUGGAGAAAUGUUACGUUGAGUUUCUGCUGGGUUGCUCCUGGAGCAGCACAAACACCAAAAACUGAACAAAAGAUCAAGGACACCGUCACCUGGCUGAGUCAAAACAGGUUUUCCCAGCUCAGGGAGUUUGCUAUUUGCCACUGGAAAAACCUUGUGGACUAUUCUGUUAAGACAGUUGCUCAGUUGUGCCCACAUCUAAAAUCCAUCAAGCUUCUACACUGUAGUGGAGUGACAUCAGAAACGUUUGAGAGUCUUGCCAGUGGGUGCCAACAGUUAGAAAGCCUUAAUCUGCAACAUUCUCAGGUUGAAACAGCAAGCUUAAUAAACUUUUUGGAAAAAUAUGGUGGUCGUCUUAAACGCCUCUGGAUCACAUAUACUUGCCGAUUAGUUGGAGUUAUUAAUGCUAUUUCAAAAGGUUGCUGUCCUGAGCUUCAGCUGUUAGAAAUAAAUAAUACUCUGCAAAGAGACUACAGUGACUACCGUCAGUUCCAGCUUGGCAUUGAAGCUUUGCAGCUUGGUUGUCCUAAACUACAGGUUCUUCGCUUGCUGAAUCUUCUUUGGCUUCCAAAGUCUUCCCGUGCAUCUGCGUUUUGUACAGCAGGUUUUCCUCACCUGGAAGAGCUCUGCUUAGCUACGUCAUUCUUCUCCUUUGUAGAGGAUCAAAUUCUGCAUCGAAUCCUGCAUGAAUCACACAGCCUUCGAGUGCUCGACCUUCGAGGUUGCUACAGAAUUACUCCUACUGGCCUUGCUAAAUUACCCUGCAAAAAUGUUGAAUGCCUCUACUUAGGACUGUACUGCAGCGGUAGCAGCAGCAACCAGCUAUUGCCCAAAGAAGGGAGCUACCUAUUUACUGAAAAAUGGCACCAUUGUCUUGCGGAAUUAGACCUAAGUGGUCAUGUUUUCUCUGAGAAUGACCUUGAAACUGCUAUAGCUAAACUUGCAAUAAACGAAGGAAGAAGUCCACUCCGAUCCCUAAACCUUGGUGGUACCAAAAUUUCCUUGAAUUCUGUAAGGCAGGUGAUCGCUCAGUGUCCACAGCUGUCUUUCCUAAAUCUGGCAUCAUGCCGACAUCUUCCCCGUGGUUGGAAAAGGGCAUAUAGAGGACAAGAAGACAUUCGCCAGUUGCUGCUCAGGCUCCUAGAAAGCAAUAGCGAUGAUAGUAUCUGUUAAAGAUAAAUCAAGGGUGAGCUAGAUUACUUAUGCAAAGAAAAAAAAAUAUUUAACCAUGCAGUUCUCUGUCUCAGGUCAACCUCGUACUUAAUUGUCUGUAGCAGAAUAGAAGUCCUUGCAAAAGUGAAUUUUGUUUAUUUUAAUGCAUUUUUGUACUUUUUGUGACAUUUGUUAAAUAAUAAUAGAAAUAAAAUUAUAAAAUGCUUGCGAA